CUUAUCCAGCUACGCUCCGGACAUGCCCCACUCAACGCCCAUCUCUUCCGCAUCAAGCGCGCAGACUCUGCGCUCUGCCCGGCCUGCAAAUUCGCCCCGGAAACCGUCCUGCACUACCUCAUCCUCUGCCCACGAUGGGACUCGCUCCGCGCUCGCCACCUGUCCCCCUGCGGCCGUGCUGCCCGAAAGGUCUCCGCUCUCCUCUCCGACUCCUCCCUCUUCCCCGCACUUUUCAAGUUCAUCACUGCAACGGGCCGUCUAUCCCGCAAC